GAUUCGCGACCAUCAGCGCUACAUCGAUGCUUUUCUUGAUGCCGUCUUGCCAACAGGGCGUAUCACUUUCGUUAUCCACGACUGGAGCUCUGCUCUCGGCUUGGACUGGGCCAGUCGCCAUCACGAGCGCGUCGCCGGCCUCGCUCUAAUGGAGUGGAUCACCGCCUUGAGCAGCUGGGCCUCUCGAGACCUGGUAUUUCAAGACCAUUUUCGGACGUUCCGUACGCAGGACGUUGGGAGAGCCUUGAUCAUCGAGCAGAACUUCUUUGUGGAUACAAUUUUGACCAUGGGUGUUGUUCGAGGGCUGACGGAAGAAGAGAUGAUACACUAUCGCCGGCCGUUUCUGAAACCUAAAGACCGUGAGCCAAUCUGGAGAUUGCCCAACGAGAUUCCUAUUGAGGGGCACCCGGAGGACGUGUGGGAAAAUGCUCACAGAUACACCCCUUGGCUUCUCGCAUGGAACCUACCGAAACUGUUCUUCUGGGUGACGCUGGAACGUUCGUCACGGAAGAGGACUUUCGCCGUACCUGCCUCGUCAAUCAAAGACUUAGGGCAGAGCCCGCACGAACCGAGUUUCUCACUUUGGCAGGAACUUCUGAAACCAUCAUUUAUUCCAUCUGAAGACAAGGAAGAGCAUCCACCUUCGCCCUAUGCGCCGCCCCAGCCAAACUCCCCACCUAACAAUGUCUUCAGCCCGGCUCAGCCUGCCGGAGACCUUGAUGUCAUGGAUCUGGCGUGA